AUCCUUAAUUACUUCUCCAAAAUAUACACACAACCUAAUUCAGAAGAACAGUGUUUUCAUAACGCGAUUAUUUUAGUUCAAGCACUAAGAAUGAUCCAUUUUGAAUUUGAUUUGAGUCCAUGUGAUAUAACAAGUCCACAUCCAUUCGGUAUGGCGUUAUUAUGUUUACAUUUAUUUUGUCAGUUGCCGGAUUAUUUACCGAGACAAACAAUAAAUUUUACAGGUCUUUUAAAUUCUACAACUAAACGUCAAUUAUUAUUUACCAAUACAAGUUCUCAAAUGUUAACAUAUUAUUGUGUAAUAAUUGGUCCAAACGCAAAUGAUUUCAACUGUUCUAUUAUAAACACAUCGAAUAAAAUUACAAAACGCGAAAACAAUAAAACAAAUUCAAAGAAAUUGGAUGUUAAGGAAUUAAAAUGUUCAACGAGUGAUAAUUACAUUAAGCUCAAUGAUACUAAUAAUACUGACAAGUUGUAUAAUGAUGUUAAAGAAAUGAAAAUGAUUAUACCACAGAAAGGGAAACUACAAAUAUGUCUUGAAUAUAAAUCACGUUUUCUUAAAUUAACAGAAGCUGUAUUUUUAGCAGUUUCACAACGUCAAAAUGAAUUACAAGGUAAAACUGUAUCAUUCAUACUUUCUGGAAUUGUAGGUGGACUUGAUACAUUACCAACUAAAAUCAUUAAAUCACCUUGUUACCAAAUGGCAGAAUUUAAAAUACCAAUUAUAAAUCCAUACAAAUUAAGUGGUACAUUUAAUAUUAAAAUAAUUGAAAGUUGUAAUGAUUUAUUCGAUGCACUAUGCCAAACACAAGGUUUAAAUGGAAAGAAAAAAGAAUUUACUUCAGGUAAUUUGUUAUCUACUGAAACAUAUUCUGCGACAGAAAGCUCACUGGAUCAAUCAUCAUCAGAUAAUAGUCAAUUACCACCAGAAAUCAUGAAAGAAUACUAUCAAAGAAAUCAAUAUCAAUCAUUUCAUUGUCGUGAAAAUACCAUUAAUCUAUGUGGAACUACCAAUGAUAAUUGGACAGAUUCACAUGUUAUAAAACAAUCAGAUAACAAAGUGAAAAUUAGGCAAAAGCAACAACAAACAACUGAUGAAAAACAAAAUAUCAAAGAAUUAUCAAUUAUUUAUUUGCCAUUAGGAUGGGGUACAAGAGAAUGUUGUUUAUUAUUAUCAAAUGAAAAAAUUGGUGAAUUUGUUAUCCUGUUAAAAGGUAUUGCUCAAUUACCACAACCAAGUUUAUUACCAUAUACUGAACAAAAAGAAAGGGGUUACCGUAUUAAAUCUGCUGUUGCAGCUGCUUCUUUUGGACGAUCAGGUGAUCCAAAUGUUAUAUAUUUCCGAUGUCCAAUAAACUGUGAAAUAAAAGAAACAUUAUGGUUACCAGUAAAAAAUGAUUUACGUCGGACAGCACUGUUAAAUGCUAUUCAUAUUCGACUUGCACCAUCAGAAUUAAAGCGUCGUCAACUAGCAAAUACACUUGAAUCAGAUGAAUUACUUGAGUUGGCUAAUAAGAGAUUAAUAUUACAUAAUUUUGAUCAAAAUUCAUCGGAGAAAAAGUUAAAACUUCAGAAAAGAUUACAUAUAUCUCGAUAUCUGAUAUAUAGUGUAGAAAUUGAUUCAAAUAUGAUCAAAGUCCCACCCAAAAUACAUGUGCCAAUAUCUGUGGAUUUAGAUUCCGAUGAAACAUUUCCUCUUCCUCUCAAAAUCUUUGCUGAUAAACCCGGUUUAACUUCAGCUAAACUGGUAAUUCAAGGUCCAGAUGAUAUACGACUCUAUCGUAUUGAAUGUGUAGCUUUACCUGGUAAUGAAAAAAUGGUUUUAACUUUCACAUCACCACUAAAUCAUCCAAUUACUCAACCAAUACCGAUUGUCAAUAAAACAGCAUAUGAUUGGGAACUAUCUUCACAGUUUAUUGGUGAUCCAAUAUGGUUUACUGGGCCAUCCAUCAUAAAUGUCCCAUCGAAUACAACAGUUCAAUAUUCUAUAACAUAUUUACCUAGAAGAGAAGCCGAAAGUCAAACUAGACUUGUUCUUCGAAAUAUAACUGAUGGAAGUCAAUUAGAAUAUCACUUAAAUGGGAUUGUAUUGAAACCACUAUCACUUGGAAAAAUUAAUCUCGAAUUUACAAUUAAUACUUGUGAUAUAAAUGAUGAAAUAUGCAAAGUUUCGAAACAAUCACAUUUACAAACUUUCACGCUUAAAGUUCCCAACUCAACUUCAAUAAUGCAGUGUUUCCGACUGCAAACAAAUUUACCUAAGGGUCUUAUUGAAUGGAUACCAAACAAUCAGAAAUAUAUUAAUCGUAUUGAAGUUAUGUCUGGUCGCACCGAUGAAUGUAAAUUUCAAGUUUCUGUGUCAAGACGAGGAUCUUUUCGCGGUGUUAUAGUGUUUGUUGCAGAUACUCCGAGGAAUAAUUCGGAUAGUGAUGAUGAAAAUGAUGAAGAAAUGUCACCAAAGGUUAAUCAAACUAGUGAAGCAUCAAAAACAAUAAGUGAAUUGGAUGAAAAUUCGAAUCCAGUUUAUCGACUUUGGUAUGAAGUAGAAAUUAAUAUUAAACCAGGCCCACCUAUUAAACAAAUUGAAAUUAUCUGUCCAUGUCUUAGUUCCAAAACAGUUGAAUUGCCAUUUACUAUACAAUCAGAAUUAUUUAAAAAUAGUCAAACAAUUGAAUUUGAUGUAAUUAUUGAAGAUAAAUGUUUAAUUGGUCCGAAAACACAUUGUGUAACUUCUGUUGACAAUUCUGGAAAACUUUCAUCAAUUUAUCAACUGAAUUGUAUUCCAUCUAUUAUUGGAACUAGUAGUUCAACUGUCAUUUUUUACAAUCCAAACUGUGGGGAAUUUUGGAUUGAAUUAAUAAUAAAAGCCAUCAAACCAGAAGCUGUCAACGUACCAAUUAUAGAAGCUGAAUUAGGAAGCUCAAAAAUCACCAAAAUAUUAUUAGAUAAUCCAACAGAAGAGCUGUACAUUUUAAAACCAAAAAUAUUUAAUUCAGAUGUUUUCAAAUUACAAUUAUCAACAUCAGCUAAACAACUUGCUUGUUUAUCACCAUCAAUAACUACAGAAUUAGAUGAACAACAUCAUUCGCACUUACAGAUGUCAACAUUAUGUCAAUAUUCUGAUAAUGAUAUAUUAGAUAUAAAUGAAAUGGAAAAUAAUUCUUCACGUAUGUUAUUAACAAAUCGAAGUACCGGUUUACAUACUACAGAAAGAAUAAUUAAAUUAAAACCAAAAUCUAAAUUAUAUCUUGGAUUGAAAUUCACUCCAUGUGCUAUUGGUAAAGAGGAACAUGAAGGAUCAAUUGUGUUUUAUUCAGAAAAAUUAACAGAAUGGUGUUUUAAUUUGCAUGGUAAUGGUGUUGCACCACAACCAAGAGAUCCUGUCAGUGUAUCAGUUAUGAUUGGUUCAGCCACCACAUUAAUAGUGCCAAUUACAAAUCCGUUCAAAUAUGACACUGUAUUGGAUAUAAGUUUAUGUGAAACCACUUUAUCUGGUCUAUUCAAGCAUUUGGAAGAUACACGUAAUUCUAUACUUAAAAAUCAGUCGGACAAUAAAUCAAUCAACUCAUCUUCAGUUGAUAAUCAUAACAAUAACAAUGAAGAGUUCAUUGAUCAACUAAUGGAACCAAAUGAAUGUAAUUGUGAUGAAAAUGAUCAACCGUAUAGUAAGAGUUUAUCAACGAAUCCAGGCAAUACAAAUAUUUAUUCAGCUUUUCAACUUUUAAUAAAAGAGAAAAAAAAUAUACGUCUGUCAAGUAAAACAGUUUUUGAUAUACCUAUAUCAUUCGCUCCGCUGGAAAUGAGAGAACAUGAAGCACUUUGCACAGUUAUUAUGCAUAAGUCAAAUUCUGGUAAAUGUAAAUCAAGUAAAUCAAUAAAGUCAUCAUCAUCUUCUUCUGUACGUUGGCUAAUUCCAAUUAAAGGUAUUCCUGAAAUGAAAUCAUUAUCAUAUCCAUCUUCUAAAGAAUUUUCUAUAUCAUAUAAUCCAUAUCAUAAUAAUAAUAAUACUACAUCAUCAAUAAUUAUUAAUGGAACUGUACGAUCAAAAUCAUAUUUUAUCAUAACACUAAGAUUAUUAAAUACAUUUAUAUAUACAGAAAGUCAUUUAACACAUAAUGAAAAUAUAAAAGAUAUUGAAAUACAAAUUAUACAAUCAGAAGAAGAUAAAAAGUUAUUUCAUGAAAAAAUAUUUAAUAAUAAAAUUAAUGAAUCAUUAUUAUCAUUAUGUAAUCAAUAUUCAAUAUGGGAUAAUAUAAAAAUCAAUAAUUUAGAAUGGAUAAUAAAACCAAUUAUUAAAAAAACUAAUGAACAAUUAAUUAAAUUAAUUGAUUUAAAUAAAAUUUUAACUAAUUCAUUAAUAAUUAAAUUAUUUCAAAUUAAAAAAUUGGAUGAUUUAGAAAUAACAGAAAUUAAAUUAGGUAUGAUAUUUUCACCGAUGCUUUCAUUUAAGUGCAGCGCAGAUUUAAUGAUAAAAACGUCUCUAGGAGCGAUUUGGAAAUUUGGACUAAUUUUUAAAGCAAAAGAUCCUCCAAUUGAUGAUGUAAUUUAUAUUCCUCAUAGAGGUAUUGGUCGUCCAGUUAAAGUUCAGUUGCAUUUAACUAGUCAAACCGAUGAACCAUUAAAAUUCAUCGCAAGCUUAUACCCUAAAAAUCAAACAGAAUACACGAUUGAACCUAAAGAAGGAAUUUUGCCACCAAUGAAUAAAGAUAAUGAAGCCAAUAUAACAAAUUCACCAUUGAUUAUAACAUUCACACCGAAUUCAUAUGGAAAACCAAUAAUUGCUCAAUUAAUAAUACAGAUAAUUAACAAAAAUACCCCAGUAAGAUAA